AGAUCAAGCUCCUUGUGCUGUUUCUAGCUAUCAUGAUAAUUUUCUGUGUACAAGAGGUGCAAGGAGGUCGAAAAAAGGCUCACAAAGACGAUACACCAUACUUUUUCGUGUUUCAAAGAUACGAGUAUCCUUAUCAGAGAUCAGCUCAGCCAUUUUACUUUGCUAAGAAUAUUGGAUACGCUCAUCAUACACAACCAUAUGCCUUCCAGAAACAAAUCAUUAAGUACAAAAAUGUUGGAGGAUAA